UUUUCCAGGGGGAUACAGUGCGCUCAGGGUGGAGCGGUCAGUGUGAGGAGGGGUAAUGUUGUUUUGUAUGAUUGUGAAAACUGUGUGCAGUAGGUCCAAUGAGUAUUUCCGACGUGCAUUACCUCUUUUUUUGUUUGUUUUUUUGUUUUUUUUUGUCUUAUUAUCCCUUACAAGUAUUAUCAUAAGUGUUGCUAUGCAUGCUUUUGUGAGAGAGGAAGGUGUCAGUCAGAGAAUCUUUUCAUUUGUGCAUGAAUUCAAAUCAUAGUGCUGGAGGAGGAGGAGGAUGAAGAGGAGGAGGAGGGGGUGUUUACAUAGCAGGAGGGGAGAAGGAACUCGGAUGUUAUGUAAUGCAAGGUGACAGGAGUGACGGAGGAAUCUCAGUAAAGGUCCAUUACAUGAGUGUCUGGGUGGGGAGGGGAGGGGAGGGGAGGGGAGGGGGGAGGCGAGCGGCCCGCAGUCGCUUUACGGAAGCCGAUUCGGUCCGCUUCAAUAAUCUGGGUUAUCUGUGCUCUGCUCCUCUGUGGUCGCCGUGGUAAUCACCAGUCAUAUCAAAUGCGUAAAGUUUAAUUUGAUACGUCUGGACCCCCGUGGGUUGCUUUCAUAUAUAUAAUUAGAGUAAAUCUUACAAAAAUUUCUGACAGUGACGUCAUCGGCCAAAUCAAACUAUAACUCUGCCUCAAACUCGUCCAUGAAAACCAAAUGUUUUCUGUGCAGAGACGAGGCUGAUCUGGCGGAGUCACGGCCGUGAACCUGCCCCCGCAGAGACGCUCGUUUCAGCAGCGUCUCCACCUCAUUCGUCCGGUUGGCAAAUGUCGAGGUGGUGUAAUCAUUACCGAGCAGCCCUGUGGUGCAGCUGCAGCGGCUCCUGUGGGCUGCUUUUUGCUUGGUUUUUUGUUUUUCCGUCUCUUCUACUCUUCUAAUUGGAGUGAAUCUUAUUCGCGGGGGCCACAGAAUAAACGCAGAGGUGAGCGGGAACGACGCAGAGACCCCCCCCCCCCCCCCCCCCCCGACUCCCUGCACUGUGCUCAAGUCAACCCAGUGGGAGUUUUUGUACAGGGAUUUAAUAAAUGGGUUUGAAUUGCAUGUGGAGUUUUUUUUUGGUUUUUUUUGUCACAUGCUCUUAAAAAGCUCAUUUAUCCAAGUGAUUUUUUUUUCAAUAAGUGACAUGUAUUUUCUCACAAUGUUUUAUUUUGCCAUCCUUGUGUCUGCCUUCUGUUUAUUCUCUUCAUUAUUAUUGAAUGUAUAUAAUAAAUAAACUGUUUGGUUUUUA